AGCAGAGGAGGAGAGUCAGGGCAGAGAAGCCACAUCUCCAGGAGAGCUGGACUAUCCACAGAUCAAUGGAGACAGGUGUGUCUGAUGUGACGCCAGCGGGCUGGCUCAGGGAACACAACUUCAAUACAAUGUAGACACCAAAAAAACAGACAGAAUAAGAAUCUGAGGACCGAGCGGACAGAAGGAGGGUGAGCUCAAGUAGGAGGAAGAACAGCUGUGCCGAAACAACAGAAGAUAAGAAGUGAAAGAAGCGGAGAGAAAGAGAAGGAAGCAGGAGACUGUGAAUCAUUGACGUGAACCUUUUGUGUACAGCGCCGUCACCAAAUCAUUCCUGUGAAGUGUUCACUCGCUCUCACAUCUCCGCCGGAGAAGGACACAACCUCACAUCUCUGUUGUUUGAGGGCCUCACGCUCCACCUCUCCACCUCCAAUCUGAACACAGGGAGACUCCAGCCACCGUCAGCAUGUGCCAUGUCAUUGUCACCUGCCGCUCCAUGCUGUGGACUCUGCUGAGUAUCGUGGCCGCCUUCGGAGAACUCAUCGCCUUCAUGAGCACUGACUGGCUAGUGGGAUUCCCCCGCACCCCCGAUGCCGUCUUCGGCCCCCAUCACGGGGCCACCACAGCAGGCGAGGCCUACAGGCCCACUUUAGGCAUCUACGGCCGCUGUAUAAAACUGCCCCACCUGAAGCGUGGAAUACUGUGCGGACCGUACGCGAUACACUUUGAGGAGAUUGCCAGCGGGUUCUGGCAGGCUACUUCUAUCUUCCUGGCUGCAGGGAUCCUGCUGCUGUGUGCCGUGGCGUUCAUUUCAGUCUUCACCAUGUGCUUCCAAAGCAUCAUGAAGAAGAGCAUCUUCAACGUGUGCGGACUGCUGCAAGGGAUCGCAGGUCUGUUUCUGAUCCUGGGUCUGAUGCUGUACCCCGCUGGCUGGGGUGCUGACAAGGUCCAUCUGUACUGCGGCCCCGAGGCGGCUCCGUACCGCGCCGGCCUCUGCUCCAUGGGCUGGGCCUUCUACACGGCCAUGGGCGGCAUCUGCGCCGCCGUGUUCUGCCGUGUGUUCUCCGCGCAGGCCGAGAUCGCCACCUCCAGCGACAAGGUCCAGGAGGAGAUCGAGGAGGGAAAGAGCCUCAUCUGCCUCCUCUGAGGGCCCAGAUACUGUGGGGGGAAAAGAAGACGAAGAAGAAGAAGAAGAAGAAGAAGAAGAAGAAGGGAGAGACACCUGCUGCCCUUCUGUGUGUGUUCUCAUGAGGCCGGCCUGUGAAACGGAGGCGUUGUUUACCACUAAAACUGACUCUUUGUUUUGUCUCUGUCGUGUGUCAAUGUGGGAGAAAUCUACAAGUGCCAAGUUUUUUUCUCGUUGUCUUUUAGCCACUAGAGGUGCUGCGUCUGUUCUUCGUGUUUCAGCAUGUGGGCGCCUGUCUGUCACCACACGCUCUGUAAAUAUGUGUGAUUAUAUAUAUUUUGUACAUAGUUGUGAUCGCAGAAUGAAAAUUGGUGAUCCGGGGGCCGGGCUGAUGAUGUCACUCUUGCCUUAAAAAAACAGAACAAAACACUGGUGUUUUUGUCACCAGUUACCUGGAUCUGUUAACUGUUUGUGUGAACUCACAAGGGAACCACUACUCAGUCAGAAUAAACUACUCACAGAACAGAUGGCUUCGGCUCAGAGAGGAUGUCCUUUUUAAGCUUUCAGAAUGUACUGUUAUUGAACGAUUUCAGACCCUUGAAAUGUAUCGAUGGAGGAAGCUCUUUAUGUUUGUCCCCGACUCU